AUGUCUGCCAGGAGAAGGAGGUCUAACAGUCCAUAUGCGGUGACAGUAAGAAGAGGAGCAACACCUAGAGGACAAGCCUGGGGACAGGCAAUGGACGAGGUCGAGAAGGAGCCCAUGAGGACCAAGUGGAGAGCUGAGGUGUCCACUUCUGGGUACAAACUAGCCAUUGUUUGUGAAAAAGAAAGGCACCUUUUGCAGGUGCUUGACCGAUACGUCACGAUAACUCUCAGCAACCAAUCGCAUGUAGAUGAAUCUGUGCUAAGCUUCCUUAUACAUGUUAGAGAAGAGAGAUCCAACGUUAAAGACAUAGCUGAAUGGAUUGGUCAUCCCAUCAAUGCCUACCACCUGGUCAAGAGGACAGCAAAAGACUGGUUAACGGUCCAGCAGAAAAUCAACUGCAAUACGUGUGUACCUACCAUUGCAGCACAGGAAUUCUAUUCAUCCUGGAAUCAGACAAUAGAUAGACAAGGCGUUUGGACGAGUAGCAAUGAUAUCAUGAUUGCUGAGAAAGGCUUAGCAAGACUUUAUGAAACCUACGCCAUUGACUAUAAAACUCUGAUGUCAGGGACCAUUUUAAACGUUAGCACAACCCCGUUAACGCCUGCAGAUGCCAUCAGUAUAGCAUUACAUCUGGAGAAAGAGCCAAAAAUCACGUGGAUCGAAAAGUUACUGGAGACGGAGGAGAUUUCCGAUAAAGAGUCUCUACUUUACGAUCUAGCUAUGGCCUACCAUAUGGUAAAAAAGUCCCAGAAAGCACUGGAUAUAUUGACCAAUCUACAGCAGACAAGUACCCGACCAAUGAAAGGCAUUAUAAGGAUUGUCAGACAGGCGGCCGAGAAAUAUGUUAAUGCCGAACCGUAUGAGAGUGCUUUCCAAGAAAACCUAGAGAAAGUCUACAGAAAUCUUUGUCAGGAAACCUCACAGUUGCUUGUGACUACCUCACUGAACAUAAGGCGGGAGGCCCGUCACAUUGCAUCCAGUGCAGUCAGGGUAGAGUGUCUUGCCGAAGAACACAACCACAUGAAGCCAGCUAAUGUUGUCGCACGCAAUGGUAAAUCUGUCCCUACUUACAAAACCAGGACUGGAGAAUCAGCAGGGAUAGAUCCUUCAGAAGAAAUUGCAGUAAAACUAGACAGGAGAAUUACACUCUUGACAGGUCUGGAUUCAGUCAAGUCAGACAACUUCGAGGUAGUGAACUACGGACUUGGCGGACAUUAUCUAUGGCAUUUUGAUGCACUAGACGUGAAAAACAAGAAAAAUAUUGAUCGUGAUUACGGACUUGGAGACAGAAUAGCUACCUGGAUGUUUUAUUUAAGCGAUGUACAGGCAGGUGGCGCCACUGUCUUUCCCAGAUUGAAUCUGAGGAUACUCCCAAUAAAAGGGACUGCUGUUUUCUGGUAUAACCUUCUACCAAGUGGAGAGCGUGAUGAUCGGUCACUGCAUGGGUCCUGUCCUGUCCUUCUCGGUUCCAAAUGGAUUACUACCAAGUGGAUACUUGAACACUGCCAGGAAUUCCGGAAACCUUGUAGAAUAAAUCCUAUGGAUGAACAUUUAUGA